CCAAUUUUUGUCUCCGAGCUCGGAUUGAUCCAUGAUGGAGCUUGGGAGGGGCUAAGGACGGUGCUGUCAUAUGGUAGCCCAAAACGUUAACCUGAGAAAUUCCCCGCAAGUGGCUCCCGUGGACCGGCCCCAAAAUUGUAUCGUGACUCGGUAUUAAGCAGGACUCCAGAUAACAUUCCCGCUGGGUCAGUCCAGGCCAACCCAAAGGAGUAAUUGCAACAAUUAGACCUGAAGAAAAAGGGGGCGGCAGCCAGACUAGAGAAGGGAAAGAAAAAGGAAAGCAAAUGAAAAUCCCAUUGUGGGUGAUACACCGGCCUGCUAACGCUUCAUGGCAUAUGCCAUGGGAAAAACCGUUGUCGAAAAAGCCAUCCAAAAGUGGUUCCUCUUGCUUCGCCCACGCGCCUUGUUUCGUGUUCUGUGCUCGGCGAAUCCAGGUGGAUCUUUCCGUUCAUCCCAAGGGUCAGAUCAUCCGAGGGAGCCAUUCAACUUUUUUGCCCAUCACCGACACUGGGGUCCCCCUGCAAAAUUUCCGGCGCUCAGGUGAUUUAACCAUUGAGGUACACGGUCGUUCCACUGGCCAGGGCGCUGUUGCUGCAGCCACAUCUUGUUUGGAAGCAAGCAUCACCGUGGUUUAUUCGCAUGUCCCGGACAAUAAGGACGCGUUGGAUGAGAGCUCGACAUUGUGGCUGGACAUUGUGUGUGGGAUCUGCCUCCCCCUGUUCGUGCUUCUCACCACCAUGCAGUCUAGUCUAGACCGACGCUUCUGCGCUCUAGCAUGCUUGAAGUGACAGCCUAAUGGCAAGAGCGGUUAGAGCCAUUCUUGCAUCCCAACGCGGAC